GGUUAACUUCGUGUGAAACGGCGUCGUUGAUACAGUCCUCGUCCUCUUCCUUCUCCCUAUUCUUUCAACACCGUGACGCUCGUUGAUCUGAUUGGAAAUUGGGAUCCAGCUCCAGCAGCAAUGGCAGGGGCAGCUUCUGCUCUGUUCCUCCUCGACAUCAAAGGCCGCGUCCUCAUCUGGCGCGACUACCGCGGCGACGUCACCGCCCUCGACGCCGAACGCUUCUUCACCAAGCUCAUCGAAAAACAGGCUGAUGCGCAGUCUCAAGAUCCGGUUGUCCACGAUAACGGUAUCAGCUACAUGUUCGUUCAGCACAGCAAUGUUUACCUCAUGAUAGCCACCAGACAAAACUGCAAUGCCGCUAGCCUCCUCUUCUUCCUCCAUCGAGUAGUCGACGUUUUUAAGCAUUAUUUUGAAGAAUUGGAAGAGGAAUCACUUAGGGAUAACUUUGUCGUUGUGUAUGAACUGCUUGAUGAAAUUAUGGACUUUGGCUACCCUCAGUACACUGAGGCGAAGAUUCUUAGUGAGUUUAUCAAGACCGAUGCUUAUAGAAUGGAAGUUACGCAGAGACCUCCCAUGGCUGUGACUAAUGCCGUGUCUUGGCGCAGUGAAGGGAUAAGCUACAAGAAAAAUGAGGUUUUCUUGGAUGUGGUGGAGAGUGUGAACAUACUUGUCAAUAGCAAUGGACAAAUAAUUAGAUCUGAUGUUGUUGGGGCUCUCAAGAUGAGAACUUAUUUGAGUGGUAUGCCUGAGUGUAAACUUGGCUUAAAUGAUAGAGUAUUAUUAGAGGCGCAAGGUAGAACAACCAAAGGAAAGGCGAUAGACUUGGAAGACAUCAAAUUUCACCAGUGUGUCCGUUUGGCUCGAUUUGAAAAUGAUCGAACAAUUUCCUUCAUACCACCUGAUGGAGCAUUUGAUUUGAUGACAUACAGGCUCAGUACACAGGUUAAGCCAUUAAUUUGGGUGGAAGCAACUGUUGAAAAGCAUUCUAAAAGUCGGAUUGAGAUAAUGGUAAAAGCUAGAAGUCAAUUUAAGGAACGUAGCACUGCCACAAAUGUUGAGAUUGAGUUGCCUGUGCCUGUUGAUGCAAUGAAUCCAAAUGUUCGAACUUCAAUGGGAUCUGCAGCAUAUGCACCUGAAAAAGAUGCAUUAAUCUGGAAAAUUCGAUCCUUCCCUGGAGGCAAGGAGUAUAUGUUAAGAGCAGAGUUUCGUCUUCCCAGUAUAACAGCUGAGGAAGCAACCCCUGAGAGAAAAGCUCCUAUACGUGUGAAAUUUGAAAUACCUUAUUUUACUGUUUCUGGAAUACAGGUAAGAUAUUUGAAGAUUAUUGAGAAAAGUGGGUAUCAGGCUCUUCCGUGGGUGAGAUACAUAACAAUGGCUGGAGAGUAUGAACUAAGGCUUAUUUAAGAUCUUAUACCUUUUUAUGGUGCUUGAAACCCACCAAAUAACUGUAUCAUCUUCAUUGAUCAGUAACACUAAAAGGGUGGAUGGGGGAGGGACGCUGAGGAGAAGUUAGUAAGACUUUAUACGGCUAGCUUCUCCCUCUCCAUCAGUUGUUUUGUCAUCAGAUUGUAAGUUGCUAAUUGUCUAUAAAGUUCAUAUCUAAAGAUCAGGAAUGGGCAAGUGAGCCUGUGCCUCCAGUGAGAGUCCUUUCAGUCAAUUCUGUUGUUGGGAAAAUCUGUCUUUUUUCCCUUUGUUGCUUUUUAUUCUUGAUCUUUCCAUAUUUUUUUUCCAUCAUCUUCCAAUUGUAAUUUGAAUAUUUGAUUUACAUCUGUAAUAGAAAUUUUAGCUUUUGUAUUACUGA